UAUUAAAAAUACGAAUUUCUAUCAUUUAUUUACAUCCAUUACAACACACAACCUGUCUUAUAUAAUAGCUAAGACUUGACAUUUAAAUAAGCCAUUUUAUUUCAAUCCGUAUGCCUCAAGAAUGCCUCGAUAUCGUUAGUGUUCAUAGACGUGUCCUCAUUCCGGUUUAUUAAGGAAGUUUCCAUGAAUUCUGAAGUCUAACUCUAAAAUCAGACCUCAGCGUCCAAAUAUGACUGCGGGUUUUCUCCAAAUACGGAUUUGCCCCUCCUCUUUCUCGAGAUCUGGCAGUGGAACCCAUUCAUAAUCCAGGUCCCAAUAGACACUGGCUGCAUCAUCACGUUGUCGUGGUUUUAAACGCCUGUUCGCUGCAUCCUCAUCAUUUACAGGAGGUAAUAGGCAGAGCACGCCGCCUCAAGUUUUGAGCCUCUUGUGGAUGUAUAUUGUAGCAGUGUAACAGUAUAUAUUUGCAGAGAAAGACACUAUUUGGGAAGGGUUUGUUGCUCCUAUAGAACAUGUGACUGUAGUUAACGGACGAAGUACUUAACUUUGGCUUCAACAAUGCAUGGGUACCGAAAAAGGACAAGUCUACGCAGCAGGUUCCCUGAUAACUUAUAAAAAGAAGGAGAACAUCACAGCCUUCUCUUGAAGAAUAUCGGAAUUCUAAAAAUCGGAGGAAAUCGUGAUAUCUUGACAUAGUGGCGAGCAGCAUCUUCAGAUACUUUUGAAUUUUUGUAGUAGUCCUUCUGCAGUUUUUCACCGGAGGUUGUCUUGUCAUUCCGAUUUUAUUUUAAAUGUUUUGGAGUCAAGAUCACUUGGCAAGAAACACCAGUGGGGCGAAAGUGCAAACUUUGGAAGAAGAAAUGGAUCCUGUCCGUUCUUGGGUGCGGAAUGUUGGUGUUAUUGAUGCAAAUAUUGCAGCACAGAGUGGAGUGGCCUUAUCCCGAGCUCACUUUGAAAAGCAGCCUCCCUCCAACCUCAGAAAGUCAAACUUCUUCCAUUUCGUGCUGGCACUCUAUGAUCGCAAUGGGCAACCUGUGGAGGUGGAGAGGACCGCAUUUGUUGACUUUGUGGAGCAGGAUAAGGAGCAGACUGGAGAAAAGACCAACAAUGGCACUCACUAUAAACUCCAACUCCUUUAUAGCAAUGGUGUUCGCACAGAACAAGACCUUUAUGCACGACUAAUCGAUUCUGUCACUAAACAGCCCAUAUCAUAUGAAGGACAAAACAAGAAUCCAGAAAUGUGUCGUGUUCUGCUAACUCAUGAGGUUAUGUGCAGUCGCUGUUGUGAGAAAAAAAGCUGUGGUAAUCGCAAUGAGACGCCAUCUGACCCUGUCAUCAUUGACAGAUUUUUCUUGAAGUUCUUCCUAAAGUGCAAUCAAAAUUGUCUGAAGACAGCAGGGAACCCCCGAGACAUGAGGAGAUUUCAGGUGGUUUUGUCCACCACAGUAAGUGUGGAUGGUCCCGUUUUAGCCAUUUCCGAUAAUAUGUUUGUACACAACAACUCCAAACAUGGACGUCGUGCUCGUAGAAUGGAUUCUGGCGAGACUGUGGAGACUAACAUGGAAUAUGCUACACCCUGUAUCAAAGCCAUCAGCCCUAGUGAAGGCUGGACUACAGGAGGAGCUAUGGUCAUUGUGAUUGGAGAAAACUUCUUUGAUGGUCUACAGGUGGUGUUCGGGAGCAUGCUAGUGUGGAGUGAGUUAAUCACUCCUCAUGCAAUCCGUGUUCAGACUCCUCCCAGACACAUUCCAGGGGUUGUGGAAGUCACACUAUCUUAUAAAUCCAAGCAGUUCUGUAAAGGAGCUCCAGGACGCUUCAUUUACACGGCACUGAAUGAGCCAACUAUUGACUACGGCUUCCAGAGACUUCAAAAGCUUAUCCCCCGACACCCUGGUGACCCCGACAAAUUGGCAAAGGAAAUGUUACUUAAAAGAGCAGCAGAUGUUGUCGAGUCACUCUAUGGAAAUACCCCCAGCAAUCAGGACAUUUUGUUGAAACGGGCUGCAGACAUUGCUGAAGCUUUGUACAGCGUGCCGCGACCCCACAGCCAGCUGCAGGCCAUGCCAAGUUCCCCUGUCCAUGGCAGUGUCAUGGGCCUCAGCUCCUAUCCUACCCAGCUGGGCAUCAGCAUUGGGGAACCUGGGCAAAACAAUAGCCAAGGUUACACUCGUAGCUCAAGCAGCUUGUCACCACGGGGCUACCCUUCAGCCUCAACUCCUCACCAGUCAGGUUAUGGGUCUAAUGGAGGCAUGAGUUCAAGUUACGGGGCAGUACCCAUGAGUAGUCUGGGUGUUCCAGGGUCACCUGGCUUUAACAGUGCCUCCCCAAACAGCUCUCCAUAUGGUAUCAUGCCACCUAGCCCAACUGUACCAGGGUCCAGUUCCUCAUCCUCCCUCCUGCCCUUCUCUUCUUUCCCGUCCUCGAACAAACAAAAAAGUGCCUUUGCUCCUGUCCUGAGACCACAAGGUUCCCCUUCACCUGCCUGCCCAACCACAGGAGGAAACAGCUUUAGAGCAAUGACAGGACUUGUGGUGCCCCCAAUGUAGAAGAUGAGUCUUUACCAACCAUAAGCUUCACAGCCAGUGGCCAGAAUCAACCUGAGACCAAUGCGGCCUCUGCCUCCCACUUAUUAUAAACCAUCCACUUUGGCAAAACACAUUGAGGGGAUAAACAUACUUUAGAUAUUGUGUAAGAUAAACAGUCACAGUCUGUUCACACAAAAGUUUGAUGUCUACAAAUUCAAAACAUUUUUGGGAGCUUUCUCAAAAGAUAUCCACACCAACCGCCUUUUGGCCUGAACAAACUUGUGUGGAUGUCACCAAAGGAAUGAUGUUUCCUUAGGGGUCUUCCACCCACAAAAUGUCAAAAAUAUGUAUACUGUAAUCAGGGUUGGGGAGUAACGAAAUACGUGUAAUGGGAAUACGUAUUUAAAAUACAAAAUAUAAGUAACUGUAUUCCACUACAGUUACAAUUUAAAUCAUUGGUAUUUAGAAUGCAGUUACAUUCAAAAAGUAUUUUGAUUACUGAAGAGAUUACUUUGCAUUUUAUUUGUUUCAUUUAAUAUUUAGUCCUUUCAGAUGGAAAACAUUUAUACAUAUAAAUGAUGCGAUGCAAAGUACAUUUGAACAGUGGUGAAAUACUUAUGAUGUGUUACAUUCAUACGAGCAGACAGAGAAGUAAGUUUGAAGUAAGUUUGGAGCAGAAGAAAUAGAAAUAAACCUUGUGUAAAUUGUCAGCUUUACGCUAAGCUAAAAUGCUAUUUCUAGCCAUUUUACAUGCACGUUACCAGGCACGAUCAUAUUUUUUUUAUCAAGAAAAUUCACGUUGGAUCAUAAUUUCUUUUUUUCUAGUAAGACCUUUGAUAUUAGGGCAAAAAUCGUGUUCUUAAUAUUAAUUAUAAAAAUUCAUAUAAAAAUAUCUGAAAAUCCUUAAAACAAGAUCAGUUUGAUUUAUCUUGUUUUAGAAACAACACUGCAUAAGAUAUUUAGGUUUUUCAGAGAAUGUAUUUUUAACAUGUGUAUUUUGUCUUCCUGUACUUCCUUCCUGUAGUUUUUAUAGUCAAAACAAGUGAAAAAAAUCUACCAGUGCUGAAGAAGUAAUCCAAAGUAUUUAGAAUACGUUACUGACCUUGAGUAAUCUACGGAAUACGUUACAAAUUACAUUUUACAGCAUGUAUUCUGUAAUCUGUAGUGGAAUACAUUUCAAAAGUAACCCUCCCAACCCUGACUGUAAUUUCUUCAUGAAAUUUAAGACUUACUCUUCCUUGGUCAAGUGCUCAAUAGACUCUUACCACAGUGGAUGCCAGUAAAAGGGAUGGCAGUAGUGUCCAAAGCUUUUACAAUGGAUUUUCAGAUGCUAGAAAAAUUUACUGUGGAGAUUUUCUACCAUAUACUGACACAAACAUAUCCUUAAAUUGAAAUUGUGUUUUUAAAAUGAUAUAUCCAGCAUUUCAUUUAGAGAAACAGAAAAUGUUUAU